GUUUGAUUGAAAUCUUGAACUCUAAACAUUCAUCAUCUACAUACGCCGCAAGUUCGCCCAUCGCUGUCGAUAACCCCAAUAAAAAUGGAUUCAUCAAAAGCUCCCGUCAAACUUGCUAAAGUCAUCAAGGUUCUUGGACGCACCGGCUCCCGUGGUGGAGUCACGCAAGUCCGUGUCGAAUUCAUGGAUGACACUACGCGAACAAUUAUCCGUAACGUCAAGGGUCCUGUGCGGGAGGAGGAUAUCCUUGCACUUCUUGAGAGUGAGCGUGAAGCUCGCCGCUUGCGUUAGAUCUCCCACUUUUGCAAUGAUCCAGUCUUAUAUGUUCCACAUGCUCAAUGAGCUUGACAACUUACUAUAUGGCGGUGCCCGAGUGUAGUCAGCCAAUGAAAAUCAUUUAUCGUUCAUCCUGCUGUCUUGGCUACCGCGCGGGAAUUUCUCAGCGGCUAUUUAUACGCCAGCUGCCACCGGCUCACUACCUCGAGCUCGCUGGCGACAAUGUAUGAAUAUGAAUAUUUUACUAGGGUUCGGCGUUGCUUUGCUCCGUUGCAUGUGGGUCAUGCCCUUCUUAAUGCUUUCAAUGUUGAACCACGGGCGAAGAAGGUACGUUCUAAAUGCACGUGCUAGUUCUUCCAUGAAUGAAGACGAUGCUAAAAAGAAAAGGGUAGUCUUAUCUUUGACUCAAGUAUCGUGAGUAUCAGCCAAAAUGGCUGACAGUCUCGUAUAACAUGUUUCUUGACACCACAAGUUCGCUCGUCAUUCCAAGUUUCUCAUUC